AUGUCCACCUCGAUAAAGCAGGAGAGGACCAUUUGUGUUCUCCUCCCCAACAAAGACCAGCUGGACAUCACUGUCGGGCCAAAGUCCACAGGGCAGGAUGUUUGCAACCGUGUGGCAGAGCUUCUUGGAAUCAAGGAGCUGCACUUCUUUGGCCUCACAGUGGUGAAGGACAAUGAGCACAUCUUUUUAGACAUGGAGGAGAAAUUGACCAAGUACUUUCCUAAGGAAUGGAAGCAAGAUUCAUCAAAGGGAUCACAGAAGAGGCCCCUGCCUAUGGUGCUCUUCCUCAAAGUCCAGUACUACGUGGAGAAUGGUAGACUCAUCUGUGAACGAAAGGCACGGCAUCUAUACUAUUCUGACCUGCGGGAACGGGUGCUGCGGUCUGAAUGUCGUCAGCAGGAGGAGGUGUACUUCCAGCUGGCAGGUUACGCCCUGCAGGCUGACCUCGGUGACCACCAGCAGACAAGGGCGGAUACAGAGAUCACCCCUUACUUUGAACCCAAGGAAUACUUUCCUCCAUGGAUUAUAGCCAAGCGGGGAGUGAACUAUCUCCUAUGCCAUGGGCCUAAGGUGCAUCAGGAGCUUUGGGGCAUGUCUUCUCGUGAUGCCACCCUGCUCUUCAUCAGGGAGUCAUGUCGACUGGAGGAUGUACCCGUCACAUAUUACAGACUUCAAAAGGACAAAAAGGCGGAGAAAGGAACGGCAUUGCUUGGACUGACCCUGCGAGGAAUGCAGGUUUAUCAGGAAGUGAGCAACGUGCGACAGCUGCUGUAUGACUUCCCCUGGGCAAAUGUGGGACGUCUCACCUUUCUGGGUAAGAAAUUUGAGAUCCAGCCAGAUGGCUUACCAUCAGCCAGGAAGCUCAUUUACUACACCGGGUCAUCGUUCCGCUCUCGCCACCUCCUCCUGCACCUGAGCAGCAGCCAUCGUGUCUACCGCAGCCUCAAGCCUGCCCUCAAACACCUACGCCUGCUGGAGGAGAGUGAAGAGAAAAAGCGUUAUAGAGAGUCCUACAUCAGUGAUGAGCUGGACUUGGACCCCCAAGGCAGUGAAAGCAGCCCUGGUUUGUCCCGACACUCCACCAGCAGCUCUGGCAUUGAGGCUGACACCCGCCAGCACAGCAUCUCCACAGAGAUGGCCUCCAUGGAGGAGGAAGUUCAAUGUCAGGCUGAGAAGCAUUUCCGCUCAGUAGCCAGCCACGGCAGCUCCUGUACCUCUGGAUUUGAUGCAGGCAGUAAAGUUCAAUUAGAAGAUGAGUGGCAAGAGGAAGCAAUCAAGACUAAUGUCGGGAAGGAAGAUCUUGUGGAUGAUCCUGAUGAGAUGUUCCAGUUGGCUGAUCUUCUUGAGGGUGUAUCAGUGGAUUGCUCAGAACUCUCCUCAGAGACUCCAACAUUAGAGAAUGUGUGUCACCCAGACAGUGAUGAUGAUCUCAGAAACUUAAGGAGCAACGAUACAUUACAACAGAUGCUGAACUCUAGGGCACAAGUAUGUGUGGAUCGGCACAGCCACAGUCUAGAUGAUGUCCGUCUGUUCCCACCACCAACACCCCUGGGAAGAACACUGCCACCUGAUUCCUCCCACAGCUAUACCUUUGGGCUCCCGGACGCCUCAAAAAACACAAAGACCCCCGUGGAUAAUGGUUAUUACCCCCUUUUGCACUGCCAAGCCAAACCUUCCUUCUAUGGUCGCAGGUCUACCAACUGCCUCUCCCUGGACCUGUUAGGGGAUGAACAGUUCCUGGAAUACAUACUUUGAUUACAUGAAGCGCAGGGUCCACAAAUUCGCCUGUUGUUGAUGUACAGUGUAACUCAAAUCAAAGGUUGCCAACA